GUGGUCCCCUAAACUGUCACCGAUAUGAGGACUUCGUGCAAGCCCUACGCAAGCUCAUUCGUUGGUCAGCCUUGAAGAGGUGAGGAACAGGAUCCACGAAAUGUACCGUGUUGUGCUCUUCCUUGCUCUCUGUGGCCUGUUGGCCCAGGCCGCCGUGCCCUCGCGGGACGCAAGCCUGAUAGACUCUGCUGACAAUCCGUUCAACAGCCAGACAAGCGUGGAUCAGCCGAGUCGAACCGGUAGUCUGUGGUCAUGGUUCAGCGAUGGAUUCAAUUACCUUCGAGGACUGUUUUGGGAACAAGAGGCCCCCAAAUACCGACCGUUCCCACCGUACCAGGAGCUGUGCGAUCCCCAGGUAUCAUUCGGGUAUCAGGCUCGGUCCUACCCCAAAUCUGUCUGGGUUGGCCUCAAUAUGACCGGUCGGUUUAGUGAUGUGGCCGUCCUGUUGGCGCGGCCGAAACUGGAGGAGUACUUCAACGGAAAGAACUCUCGCAAUAUGACCAUCACCAUGACAAGCCCACUGCGGUUGAAGACCCCGCGGUCCUCAGGCCAGUGGGGGCCAGGCUAUGAGGAGAAGACGCUCAUCUACUCCAUGUACCUGCCUCCUCAACUUCACGAUAAUCCGCCGGAACCAACAGACCCAGAUAUGUUCAUCAUCGAAGAGGAACCCGAACGGUACUUUGUCAUCACUUUCCCGAGCUACACUUACGCGUUCUUGGACUUCCAGAAGCGCAAUGAGCUUGAAGACCUCCUGAACGGACAGAGGGAGGAGUUCCUUCGCGAAUUCUUCUUCGUUGACGUUUACAACACGCAAACGGAAGUAACAGGUCGCCAAAAUGAGGUCUUGCUCCUGUUCAACCCAGACGUUCAAAAGCCUAACUGUGCCCCUCUCCAGAAAACCGCACUCCCGUCCAUUCCCGUGGUACCAGUUCCGGAGGCCCUCAUCAACAAUGCGUCCGACCCAGGGUUCACCCAGCUCUGUACCGGCGCCGAGUACGACGCCCGACAGUACGACAGGGCCGUGUGGGUGUCGGUCACCAUCAACGCAAUAUCGUCGGACGUGGGCAAAUUCGACGCGUUCCCAAAGCUGGACCACUACAUCAAAGGGCACAAUGACCAAGGUGUAAAGAUCGAGAAAACGUUACCAGUUCGCAUAACGCAGGAGUGGCCCAAGUCACCGUACGCGUACAACAUCUACAGGGAUUACACCUAUGCGUAUUAUCUGCCUCCGGAGUUGUAUAAGGGUAUUCCGCAGCCGCUGGACCCUGCUGUGAGGAUUUUGGAUGAGCCAUCAGCCGUCAUGUUUGCUCUCAACUACACCGGCUUUUCCUUCGAGUUCCGAGAUGAGCAGAUGCUUCAGAAAUUGCAGAAUCUCUUGAUCGAUGCUGGCGAGCUUUACAUGAGUUCGCGGCGAUGGGCCAGGAAUCAAUACUACCCCUCCUACCAGGUGACUGAUUGUCGUAACGACAUCCUUGUGUACAUGGACCCUCUUGCAAAGAGUCCAAGAUGUGCGUCGGCUUGUGAACACAGAGGCAAGGAGUGCCCUAGCUACCGCGUGCUUCAGAGCCUAACCGACGACAUCCAGCGUCGACACAUCUCGGGCAACCUGUACGUCCUCCGCAGAACCAACACCUGCAAUAUGACCACCGCGUACAAUGUGGCUUACAUGCCUCUCCACCGCUAUUUUAGAGGAGCCAACAAUCGAAAUGAGAGCAUCGCACGGCCCACUCCAGUGAUCCUGGUUCAUAAGUCCACAGACAAUCCUCCUCAAGGCUGUGACUUCUCCUACAAUCUCAUGUUCUACCUGCCCUCAGAGAAACACCAAAAUGCCCCAGAACCCACCGAGGAAGGGGUUGAGUUGUUCAGGUUGGAGGCACGAGACACGUUCGUCAUCACAUUUGAAGAGUCGUCUACCGAAGAGGUCGUGGAUACCAAAUUGGCCCGAAUGAAAGGCGAGCUGGACAGGCUUGAGCUGUGCUAUGCCAGGGAUGAGUUUGCUGUCGCCACAUAUGAUGCUCCGUGGCGCCCCCAACCCCACCGUCAUGAGAUCUGGAUCCCCCAGGCCACGUGUGCCAGACCACGCCCAGAGGGAAGCCCCCAGUACAGCAUCCAGGGCUCAGGCUGUGAUGUGGGGACCGAGUGUCCAACAUAUGAGAUCGUCCGCUCUUACUCUACCUUCGAGGAAAGACUCUACCAAAGAACAGAUUUGUGGGUUUGCAAGGUGACCACCAAUUGUAAUAUCGAGGAUGCUUUUAAUGAAGCAAUCACCCCGCUGUACGAGUACUACCAGUCCUGCUACGACGUGGAACCCAAAGCUAGGCCUGUCAUGUCCUCCAUGAGCCUCCUUGACUUUCUGAGCACCGAGUGCAACAAAGUCAUCGAAACCUGCGCCUUCCUGCCUGAGAUUGGCAGAUCGCUACCGGAACAGCCUGAUAAUGAUUUGAUCUUGCACUACUACCCGAGUGAGAGCAGCGAGAGCCAGGCUACGGUGUACAUGACAGCCCUGCAAGGCCCGCCCUCUGUUGAGCUCAUUCAGUCCGGCAUAACCACACUGCUGCGCGAUGUCACUGAUGCAGACCUCUUGCACAACAACAAAGUGUUUGUGGCUCGCUACACUUUGCCGUGGGAGGACGAUGACGCGAAGACUGAAGUGGGUGUCCAGGCGGAGACCCUGGCCCACCAACUGUAAGGUUACAGUCUUGGUACCAGACCAUCCUUGUUUGAUGUGACGUCUUGUGACGAUUGAUGCUUGGCUUUGAUUUUAUCGUAAAGUUAUUAUGACUUCAGGGGCGGUGGAACCGGGGGCAGGGGGGGGGCACUUGCUCCCCUCCCCAGAUUUUCCUAGGUCAACAAAAGUUCCCCUCUCGCGGUUGUGCCCCCUCGAGAUAAAAACAAUAAUGCCCCUCAAACGCAAACGCAUUAAAGCAUAUGAUCGCGCUACAAAUAUAUUUGUCUCCUCUCUUGUAAUGCAAAACUGCCCCUCAAAAACGCAAGUACCCCUCUCAUAUUAACAAGAUUAUUCACCUUCUCGAGGUGGAGAACUACCCCGCGAAAGCGCAAAUACCCCUCUCGCAAUAAUUGUGCCCCUCUCGAGAU